AUGUACAGAAGACAAAGAUAUUUCAAAAAUUCUCUGCCUGAUUAUUUAACAAGUGGGCAAAACGAAGGAAACUGUUAUUUUGUUCAAGACCUCAUAAAAUCCUACGUGCAACAAAUUGAGCAGAGGUUUAAACCCGCUCCCCAAAAUACAGAUGAAGGGGCCGGGAUGUAUGUUGGUUUAGCCGGAGUUGCGUUCAUGUUCUUGAAAAUGGCAUGCAGCAAAUGUUUCCAAGAAAAGCGGCAAGAAUUAUUGGCAAAAGCUUUCACUUAUAUCAAGGUGGAAAAUUGUAAUUCAUGGUGGCACGGAAACCAAAAAGUGACAAUCCACUCCACGUGUGUGUGUGUGUUGGGGACGAAGUCAACCAAUGUACUUAAUUUACUGAUUUAUUAUAGAUUAUAUUACAAGUGAUUACAUUAAAAGUGAGUGGGAGGCCCCCCUAGGAUUGACGUCCUUGACAGGAAUUAACCACGCCUUUGCAACCAAGACAAGUGUUUACAGUCUCACUGUAUCAAACAUCACAGGGUUGAGUUUUACUGGAUGGAUAUUAAUUAAUGAAAAAUAUCAUUAUCAAAAUCGGUCAUUUCUAGGUGGCCAUUGAAGAAGCCAACAGGGUGUCUCCGUCAAGUAGUGAUGGAAUCGGAGCUUCGUUUCUCCUUGGUCAUGCUGGAGCGUUUGGUCUAGCAAGUGUUAUUUCUCAUCAAAUAGGUAUACCCCUGGCCUGAAACGUUUAGCACUACCAUGUAACAUUUAGCCCUACCCAUGCAUUAAUGCACAAAACUCUCCCUUGGAGGAUUGUCUGAAUACUACAGCUGAUAUCACAGCUAAGACAUCUUUAUUCCUAGGUGAUGCAAACAAUGAAGCGAAGUUUGUUCAACAAUUUUUGGAGAUGGGUCAACUUUUACAACCAAAUCAAAGAUUGUUACGCCAUGGUGCAAAUGAGCUGUUUGUUGGUCGAGCAGGCUAUCUCUGUAUGGCAAGAUGGAUGCAGAAAAUGUUAGGCAAAAAUGUCAUCCCUCCUAUCUUGAUGGAGGUUUUGUUUAACACAAUUGUCACAGAGGGAAGAUCAUAUUCAUAUGAACACAGAUCACAGUCACCAUUGAUGUAUUCUUAUUAUAACACUGAAUAUUUAGGUACAACUGACUUAUUCUUGAAUGAUCUGUACCAGUGUAGGCCAAUAAUAAAGCUUCCUGGAUGGAUAGAGGUACCCUUGGCAUGACCCGAUUGCCAAGCCUUUGUUUGAAACGUUGAAGUUCUUCUAUUUUUCUGCUAGUUGUAUCUCUAUAUCAAUCCGAAGCUUUCUCAGAACUGACUUAUAUAUUUUUGUUUGUUUGGAUUGCACUAGCUGUUAAAUCCCCCCUUGUACUGCACAAUCUUCAAAUUCCUAAUUUUUUUAUCAAUAGGUGCUGCACAUGGACUGAGUUCAAUUAUUCAAAUAUUGCUCUGCUUUCCUGCAUGCUUUGAUGGAAAAUCGGAGAUUGAAACCGACCUCAAAAAUGCAACUGACUUUAUACUGCAUUGCAAACAAGACAAUGGCAACUAUCCCCCCACAGUUGGUGAGGAGCAAGGUACUGGUGAUGAGUUAGUACACUGGUGUCAUGGUGUACCGGGCGUGGUAUAUUUGAUGGUGAAAGCUUACAUACAGUGGACAGAUGAGAAGUACCUCAAGGCUGCAUUUGAAUGUGGUGAUGUAGUCUGGGAGAAAGGCUUACUGACCAAAGGACCUGGAAUAUGCCAUGGUGUUGCUGGUAUGAUGGUCAUAUUUAUCCUCAUUUGAUAUAAGUGGUUGCACAAUAUGGUGGAUACCAUGCUUUGAUAAACAAUAACAAACAAUGUGCCCAAAUGCGUUCCCUAGCCUCCUCUGCAAACAACUCUUAGGGAAUCGGAAAAAAAUUUGGUGAAUUAAAAAUUUGGUAAAACUUGUUUUAACCCUAAGUCAUUUGCAGGCUAUAACUCAUAGUGAUGUCUACAGAGGAAGUUAUGCAUUCUCUUUCAUUACAUUUACUUUCAAAGGUGUCUUCCACAUUAUUAGGUUAAGAGGCUUGGUUUGUAGUCUAUUUUUCUGCAUUAUUAAGUUACUAUUUUCUUUUCUCAGGUAAUGGCUAUGUUUUUCUAAUUCUCUACCGUCUCACAAAUGAUGAAAAGUAUCUCCACAGAGCUGUGCAGUUUGCAAAAUUUCUUACAACAGAAGAGUUUAUACAUGGGGCGAGAACACCAGACGCACCUUACAGUUUAUAUGAAGGACUAGCUGGCACCGUUUGUUAUCUGUUAGAUCUUCUACAACCAGAACAAGCUGAAUUUCCUUUCUUUGAUGUAUUUUAGUUAUUUGUGAUACAAUGUUCAUGCUCAAACCUAUACUUAUUAAACCAUGUACACUGUAUUAUUAAAAUAUUCUUCCAAAAUAUUUUUCCAUGGCUGGCCCAGACAAUAUUUAAAACCCGUUCAAACCCAGCAGGGCCGUUCCGCUAGCGUGAUAAUUGGGGGGUAUUCAUAUAUUUGUGUUCUGCCCGACGGAUUUCUUUUGAAAGCGAUUGUUUUACGGUAUGUGAACAUGAAUAUAUGAAUAUACCCCCAAUUAUUGCGUCUAGGAAUGGCCCUGAAACCCAGGCUGGUUCAAGUGUUGAUUUUGAAAUUUAAAGACAAAGCCUUUAAUCCUUUUCAACAUCUUCCAAAAUUAGCUAUCAUAGUGUUUCAAUAGCCAGCAAUGUUGUAAGAUAUUGGACCAAUAUCUUACAAUAGUUGAGCGGGCCUUCACAGUAAAGCGCGGAAGCAUAAAAAACAGGCGAAGCCCUAAGAAAAAGGCCUCAGAAAAAGGCCCCAGAAAAAGGCCCCAGAAAAGUACGGUGCUAAUGACUAGUCCAGUUCAGGGUUUGCUUCUUCUGUCUUCUUCAGUGGAUCAGGGAAUUUUUUUUAUUUUCGGGAUUAACGAUAGAAUAUCAACGAUAUCGUAUCCGCAUUUAAUAUAAACUUAGCGUGAAUAAACAAUCGAUUCGUGCAAUAUAUAUCGCAAUCAAUGACACUUAUUUCCUCAUUCCAGGAAAGGUAUCCAAAGUAUGCCUAUGAGACAUAA